AUGGAAGUCGACAAUCCAUUCUCAGUCUUCCCCAGGGAAGUCCGAGACAUGAUGUAUUCCUACUCCAUUCCGGAAAUCCCAGCCACAGACGCCACAGUCUCCAAAACAGCCUACAACACCAAGAAUGCCCCUCUUCUGUUCCUCAACGAAGCCAUCUCCAAAGACGUUCAGCACGUGCUCUAUCAAGAUCACGCCAUCGUCAUCCCAGUACUGAACCCAAGCGAAUACGAACUCAAAGAAACAAAAUUCGCACCUAUCGUCAGCCAAUGCUCGCGUCUGAUGAAACAGCGCUCUAACAGAGUAAUCAUCGGUACAUCACGCUUCAUUGCCGCAAGCUACUCACCGCUGCUUCACAUAAACAUCCACGACGGAACAUCAGCUGAAGACUGGAUCCAGAAAUUCUGCGGUUUUGAUAAUCCUGAGCCGCUAGCCAAGAAACUCAUCGAUGAGUUGAUUUCACUACGACCUGAACUGCCGAAUGUCAAGGUCAUUGAGUUCAAGUUUUUUGAGGGGUUUAAUGUCCUUGUCGCUUUGAGGUGGAGGGAAUACUUUUUAGAAUUGAAAGAGGCAUGGCCGGAGAUUGAGAUUGAGAUCGAUUUUGUUCCUGCGUUUCUGGGCUGGGAACAUGUUGAAGCAUUUUUUCAGGACGCUCAGGAUAGUAUGGAGGAAGACGGUGUUUUUAAACCGGAUAGGCUGAGGGAUUUGGAAGAGAGGAAGUAUGGCACUGUAUGACGGUUUAGGUUUUCUACAGAUCAAGAUUGCAUUCUGUUUUCCACACGAGGCAAGCUAGCAUCAAUUUUCAUUUGCACGAGUUUAAGUUAGGCAAUAAUAGUAUUCAAGAAAUCUUUAUUCUAUCAUUUAGAUAAUCCUAUGCAAACGUGCCACCGCUCCAGCGCCACCAUAUCUUCUACAUCGGUUUAUCCGUCUGUGUCCAUUCUGACUAGGGAGAGUCAGGAGUAGGAGGUCUGGGAGGAGGUGUAUCUGGGCGAGGAACAGGGCUAGGGUUACGAGGCUUGGCCGGUCCCGGUGACUUGGGUCGAGGCAUUUUGUAUUCGUGUGGUUUAGUUUAGUUUAAGAGGUCAAGGUGGUUUUGAUUGUGGUUGAGUUGGGUAGGGUACAGAAUUCAUAUGCUUGGU